GUCGUGGAAGGGCAAGAGACAGCAAAUGCAUCCUUGUGACAAGAAAAAUAUAAGUGGUUGAGAAUGAGAAACAGAACCUUUAUACGGAAGAAAUAAUGAAUUAAACUAUUGAAAAGCUACAGAAUUUGGAUGAAACAACAUUUGCAAGAAAAAUGCAUGACCUGCAAAUGAAGGAAAAGGUAUUACAAGAUUCCAGGAACAAAGAAACAAGACAUAAGGUCGUGGAAGGGAAAAAAAAAAAUCAUCUUCUGCGUGGAAACUGCAAAGCAUACACCUUCAGUACAGAUGCCAUCAAGGUUAUAACCGUAUGUCUCUGUCUGGAAACCUACAUCCAUGAACACCAGGGAAGAGAUGCAUUCAAAGAGCACUGCAUAACAGAGCCUCAUCAGAAACUAGUCCAGUUUGAUUGUUUUGAGGGAAAAAAAAAAAAAAAAAAAAAGAUGUAUUGCCAAAAUACUAAUUGUCAGCAUGACUGGAGAACCAUAUUGAAGUAAAAGAUAUUUGGUAAUCUACCAGUGAUCAAAAUGCAAGGGUUUGUAGUAGAGAAUGCUGCAGUAGAGAAUGCUGCAACUGUGACACAAAUGGAUUUUCAAAAAUGGAGAGAGAUUAAUUUUUCUUUGAAGAAUUUUGACGCUGAAGAAAAAUGCAGCUGA